AUCGCUGACGUCGCCACCCUGAAGUUCAUUGUUAUUAUCUUGGCCGCCGGGAUGGUGGCCUUCAUCGGAGCGGUUAUCUGCAUCAUCGCAGCCGUUCACACCGGGUCCUCCAGGGCUGCCUCGGCACCACAGCAACCAGCAACCGACAACCACUCGCUGUAUCCGGGCGCGGAUACUGCGGCCGGCUCCGUGGCCCGGGCCGGAUCUUUGGGCGCUCUCCAUGGUUCUGAAACACCCGAUUCAGAAGCACCGACCUUCAACAUCGGGCUCAGCGGGCUGGACGGUGUCACCGGACUCACCGGGCAUGACCCAACGGUCAGUCGACUCAUCUGCACGCCGAUCCCCGCCGGGGAAUGCAAUACGAAAAACUUUCAGCAACAAGCAGAAGACCCGUCGCUGUACGCGGGGGAAGACUGGGGCUACCUCCGCACCACCGCGGAGGAGCUCCGGCAGACCGUCCUGCAACAAAAGGACCAGAUACUGACCGACCAGCGGACCAUCAGGGACCUGACGGGGAAACUAUCCGAGUGUGAGAAGGGGCUGGACGGCGGCAGCAGCAGCGCGGACAGACGCGGGAGCGCUGCGGGGUUGUGGGGGGCCAAAGGCUCGGCAGAGGAGACGCACAUGGAGCGGAUCAUGGUGCGGGACAGCCCGGGCUCGACGCCCGAAAAUGUCCACUUGCUCACCGUUAGGGCAGUGGAUGAACUGGAGCAGGCAAUCACUCAGCUCAAAGACCGCAUAGAGAAACUGGAGUCAGACAUUGGCCCAUUUCCUCACAACCAGACGGACAGCAACACCUCAGGAGCGCCAGAGGAAGGCGGGAUGUCUGGCGGUCCGGAAAGGUUGGCCGAUCCCGGGAACAAAGCUGGUGCUGACAGGCCCUGGAGGAUGGAAGACUUGGAGGGGGAGCUGGAGAGGAAGGUGGAGCUGCUGGAGAAAGAGAGAAAAACCCUGAGGCUGGAAACAGAGAAGCACAGGCAAGGAAUCGACCGGGGCAUCAAUAAGCUACAUCACCGAAUCUCAGGACUGGAGGAAGGUGUCUCAGGACAUUCCUUCCCAGAGGGCUACCGGUUGUCUUUCCCAACUCGGACAAACUACAUGUACGCUGUUAUGAAAGCCUCCAUCCCAGCGCUGCGGGCCUUCACCGCCUGCCUGUGGCUGCGGCCCGCAGAGGGAGGAAUCGGGACACCUCUGUCUUACGCUGUUCCCGAGCAACCCAACGAACUGGUGCUGCUGCAAGGCCUGCAUACCCCCACUGAGCUGCUCAUCAAUGACAAGGUGGCGCAGUUGCCUCUAAACCUCUCCCGAGGCAGCUGGCAGCACAUCUGUGUGAGCUGGAGCCAGAAGGGAGGAGCUUGGCAGGCCUACCAGGGGGGAAAGCUGAGGGGCGAGGGUCACGCGCUGGCAGCCGGACAUCACAUCAGACCUGGAGGAGUGCUCAUACUGGGGCAGGAGCAGGAUUCCCUUGGUGGAGGUUUUGAUUCAUCCCAGGCCCUGGUUGGAGAGCUGUCCCAGGUGGGUCUUUGGGACCGGGUCCUGUCUUCCAACCAGGUCGCCAGCUUGGCCCGCUGUGGCAGAGUAAGCCAGGGCAGUGUGGCCCCCUGGACCGAGAACGGAGUUGAGGUUUACGGUGGAGCAACCAAGGACCCGGGGGAGCCUUGUAGUAAACACAACAGGAAUUCUCGAUGACCGGUGGGGGAAGGGGAAGUGAGAGAGAGCAGGGCAAAGGGAGGGGUAAAGUUCUAGCCCUUUCAAGAAGGUAGGAUUCUGCCCAUCAUUAAUACCGUUAAAGGGUUUUCUAAACAACUCUACGUGACAUGGACUGACAAGUAUGUAAAAAAAAUGGAAAAUUAAUGGUAAUGUUAUAUAUCUAUAUGAGAUGAGUCAAGGCUUUGCAGUUACUUCACCACACUUUGCAAUACAAGAUGAUAUUCCCCAUAAAUAUAGCUGUAGUAUGGGCUCACAUCAUAUUUUGUAAAUGACUUAUAAGUAAAUUUAUAUAGCCUAUGUAUCCAAAUAAAGUAAAUUUGAUUCAGGCCGCACUAAACUGUCAUUGGUCCUAGCUCCUCUGUGCUUUGUUAGCAAACCAGCUAGCAGUCAAACUAGUGAAAGCAACUAAGGUAAAUGGUAAUAUGUGAAUUCUAGCAAACAAUUGAACCUCCUGCUAGCUAAUUAGCAGGCAAAUGUGUUAGAUCAAUACCACUCUCAUGUCUGCACAGUAAAUAUGAAGCUACCAUCAGCAGCCAGCUAACUUAACUUAGCGUAAAACUAAAAACAUGGGGGAAACAGCUAGCAUGACUCUGUCCAAAGUUAACAAAAUCCGCCAAGUAACACCUUACACUCGUAAUGAACUAAUUUACACAUGGCUUGUCUAAUCCGCACAAAAAAAUAAUUCUUGUUUUUACACUUGUUUUUUUAUGGAUUAAACAAACAAGAUAUAAUAAUAGAUAUAGUAUAUCUAUUAUUAUAUCUUGCUGAAAGGAUUUCUUUCAUGAGCUUUAGGGGGGGCUGGUAGGCAAAAUGUGUUCUCUUUGGACAAAGCUAGGCUAGCUUUUUCCACCUGUGACCAGUCUUUAUGCUAAGCUAAAUUAGCCAGCUGCUGAUCGUACCUGUAGCUUCAUACUUAGCGUACAUUAUGCAAGUGUCAAUCUUCUUGUCAAAUUCUCAGCAACAAAGCGAACAAGUGUAUUUGCCAAAAUGUUGAACUUGAUGACCACAGCCUAUUUCUUCUGUUGAGACAGCCGAGCUGGGAGAAAUGAAUUGAGUUGUUCACAGCUGCUGUAGCCCUGACCUCCACUACGGCUGCUAGAAGUCGUGUAAAGCCAGCUGAAAUCCCUCCACGAGUGCAGCAGGGUGGAGUUAUUUCUGUGAUUAGGUCUGCGACAGCUUUAGAGUCGGGAGUCAAGGUAAGGUGAUGAAAAGUCUUGGACAAUGCUGGGGGAAUGUUAAAUAGUAGAUGGCAGCAAGGGGUAGAUGAUGAAAGAAUAAGCAAAGAGGGAGGACACGGUAAAAAAAAAAUAGAUAGAUUGGGCACUUUUAAGGAGUGAUGCUACAUUGUUUUCACCUCUGCAUGAUGUAUUCAUAUACCUGUAAUGUCUUGCCACUGCGCUGCACUGUGCAGGUCACACGCUGCCUCCUGCAUCCACUGCUGGUAUAGGUGGCUGUCUUUGUGUUUGUCUAUAAGGCCUGAGGGUCUCUAAUGAAAUACUGAACAAAUCCAAAACAAGGAGUCUUAUUCCCAUAAGGAAAUCACCACCAAAAGCAGAAUCUUACUCUUUGGGGCCAUUUUACACCUUUUUUAAAAAGCCUUUGCCCCAUUUAUGUCAUUCUGUGCAAAUUUAGAAAGUCAAAGUAUGUGCUCUGAUCAAGGAAAUGUGUCUCAGAUGAUAUCUUUUGGCUUCAUCGUGUAGUACAUACACGUUAUGUUCUUUAAAUUCAUGCAACCUUCAAACACACAUAACAUUUGUUAUUUUCAAAUUUAAAUAAUGCACUCAGUCAUUUUUACAUUCUUAGAUAUUGACUGUUUCUUCUUUGCAAUUUUAUACAUGCAACCACUCAAUAGUGUGGUUUGAUUAUUGAACAACCUGCAACCUCCAACUCUUCCAACCUUCCUACAUUCCAUGCAUGAGUCGUACUGUAUGUUUGUUACACGCGUCAGUGCAUCCGCUACAUGUUUCUGAAGAUCCAUCUCUGAUCAUGUUUGUACUCCAAAAACAUUUUAAUGAUUAUUUCCUACUGUUUGUGUGAUACGUGAUGUUAAACACAGAUUGUUCAUUUCAGUCUUUUCUGAAACACUGGCUCUCCCUAACAUAAAAAUAUAAUCCUUAGUGGAAAGUGCCUGUCAGGGUGUUUGUACCCAUGUAGACAAAAUCAUCUAAUUUCUUAUCCUGAUGGAAAAAAUUAACACUGCGAGAUAUUUUGAACUAAUCAAGCAUCAGUGUUUCAGGGAAUUCCCUGGUGGAUUUUUUUAAGAUUCAAGAGGUUUGAUUAAAAACAUUUGAAACUACAGUGCCGCCAAACGGAUGCACAAUCGGGUCAAAAUCAUCUUGCCAUGUCUAAUAGUGUCUUUGAUGAUGCCCUUUCAGUCUGCAGCGUUAUUAACAAUAUUAUGCCUGUCUGUUCAGCUCAUGUUAGAGCUUUUUUGGGGGGCUUUUGGAUAGUGUUGUGGCAUUAUUCUGUUUACAUUUACUGGAAUUAAAGGCUUUUAAACUCCAUUGGCAAUGUUUCCUUACAUGACAAUUCAGAUCUUUUUUUUUUUCACUGUAUGCAUUGGUAUCUGUCUAUUUUCAUGUUGUUGUUUGUAUAAAUAGUGUAUGUCCAUGUCUUGUAAGGUGUUGUAUUGUUCUGCAUAUGUGCCCUGUCCAAACCUUAAGUCUUUAUUAAAGUCCUAAUUUUCAGAUGUAAA